GCAGGCCCGGCCUCCACCCGGCGCCGCCACGGCCGCCUCGGCGGGUCCCGGGGCGCACGGCCCGGCCCAGCUCCCGCGGCCGCGGCGACUCUUCGCCGGGAAAGUUUCCGAGUGGGCCGCGGGCACGGCGGCGGCGGCGGCGGCGGCGGCGGAGGAGGAGGAGGUCGCGCGGCUCGGCCCGCCCGGAGCCGACCCCACUGCGCGGAUCCCGCAGGUCUGCGGGGACCGCGCGCCCCGGCCGUCCUCCCCGCGCAAGCCCGGCCUCCGGCAGUCAUACGUGAUUUCCUCUGCUACACAUGGGAGAGAAAGUGAUCGAAGGACUCAGAUGGCAACUGUAUGAUUGAAGCCAUCUGAGGUCAAGCACCCGCGUGUUCUUUCAGCGGUGUCUGAGCGCUCCCAGGUAAGGGACAUAAAGUGUGACUGAACCGGACGCCUGCGCGGCUGGUCAUCAUGAACCGGGCUUUCAGCAGGAAGAAAGACAAAACAUGGAUGCAUACGCCUGAAGCUUUAUCAAAACAUUACAUUCCCUAUAAUGCAAAGUUUCUCGGCAGCACCGAGGUGGAGCAGCCCAAAGGAACAGAAGUCGUGCGGGACGCCGUGAGGAAGCUCAAGUUCGCAAGACAUAUCAAGAAAUCUGAAGGCCAGAAAAUCCCUAAAGUCGAGCUGCAAAUAUCAAUAUAUGGAGUAAAAAUUCUAGAACCGAAGACAAAGGAAGUCCAACACAAUUGCCAGCUUCAUAGAAUAUCAUUUUGUGCAGAUGAUAAAACUGACAAGAGGAUAUUCACUUUCAUAUGCAAAGAUUCUGAGUCAAAUAAACAUUUGUGCUAUGUAUUUGACAGCGAGAAGUGUGCUGAAGAAAUAACUUUAACAAUUGGCCAAGCAUUUGACCUGGCAUACAGGAAGUUUCUAGAAUCUGGAGGAAAAGAUGUUGAAACCAGAAAACAGAUUGCGGGAUUACAGAAAAGAAUUCAAGACUUAGAAGCCGAAAAUAUGGAACUUAAAAACAAAGUACAAGAUUUGGAAAGCCAGCUAAGAGUAACCCAAGUAUCAACGUCUCCAGCGGGCAGUGUGACACCAAAGUCACCCUCCACAGACAUCUUUGAUAUGAUACCAUUUUCUCCAGUGUCACACCCAACUUCAACACCUACUCGCAAUGGCACACAGCCACCUCCAAUACCUAGUAGAUCGACUGAGAUUAAACGAGACCUGUUUGGAGCAGAACCUUUUGACCCAUUUAACUGUGGAGCAGGGGAUUUUCCUCCAGAUAUUCAAUCAAAAUUAGAUGAGAUGCAGGAGGGGUUCAAAAUGGGACUAACUCUUGAAGGCACAGUAUUUUGUCUCGACCCAUUAGACAGCAGGUGCUGAUGUCAAGAACAAGAGAUCCAGAUUUGUGUUCAGUUUGUUUGUUAUGCGUAUACGUCAUUCCUUAUUACUUUCUGACCGGUGGUAUACGUGUGCCAAUAUAUUUUUGAAGACCUUCACUUUUUGCAAGUUAUUUUAGUAAAACGUCCUUUGCUAUUGAUCUAUAAUGUUUAUUUUAAAAACAACUGACUGUAAAGUAAAUCAUACUUUUAUGUUCUUUUCCGUUUCUCCUGUAGAUAAGUUUAUAAUCAAAAAACAAAUUACCCAAAUAUCUGUCUUGUGUCAGAGUUCUGAAUAAUUAGUAUCUUGACACAUGUGUUCAUUUUCCAGGCUGCUAGUUUAUUUUUGAUUCCCAAAAGCCAUACCUUGAUGACACCUUUCAAAGUCUUGAGGAGAUAUACCAAUGCCAAACUAAAUAUAUUCCAUAUUCAAACCAAUAAGCAUGUUACCAUCCAUUAGACAGAUGUUAUUUUAUGUAUUAAAUGUUGUUCAUAUCAUUGGCAAAAUGUAAACCUUGAAUAUAAUCCCACCAGGUCAUUUUUAGCAAGUAAAGUAGCAAAAAUAUAAUUUCCAAUAAUAAUUAAACCAAAUAAUUAGAGUUUAUUAGUAAAAGCAAAGUAUUAAUGUUAGCUAUUAUUAUCACUUAUACUCUAAAUCUUUUAUUUAUUUCAUAAGUGAAGAUAAUGGAAAAAAUUAAAAUUUGCUCAUUACAAAACACUUAAAAUUUAAUUUCUAAUGAGAUAAGUUAUGCUAAACAUCUAAACAUAAUGUGAUCUGAUAUUUUCUAAAAAUACAUUUGGAAUAUAUGCUGUCUAUGGUUGCAAUGUCUAUUAUCCACAUUUACUUUACCAAAUAUAUCUUUUCUAACUGAAUAAUAUUAUUCUCAUAUUUUCUCCUUUGAUAAUGAUAUUUUCUCACCCAAUUUAUUUUGUGAUGCCCCAUUAGUUUUGAUACUUUAAAAUCUAUAACAAUUAUUCCUUAUGAAUCAUCAGUAUCAUUUAGCAAUUUUAAUUUGUAAUUGUUUUUGUUGAAGUCAGAAUCUCAUUUUUUUUACAAAAAUCAAACGACUUCUCAGUUUAAGCUAACAUGAAUGAUAGAAUUUUCUUUUACUUAAUUGAUAAUGUGCUGAUGAACUCCGACCUUUAAGUGUUUAUUUCCUACACCUUUGCCCAUUAUGUAAAAGACUUUAAUUUGUACUCAGUGCAAGAAUUUAUGGUUAAAAUUUAUAAUUUGGUACAUUGCAUCAUAAGAAAAAUAGAUUAAAUUAAUGAAAAUGUGAGCUUAGAUUAGAGGUAGAUCUCAAAAAUAGAUUUUUCUUUUACUCAUGGAAAUUUCUGUCAAGUGCUAAAGGUACAUAUAUUCACUAGGAAAAGAAAUCAAAUACGCUUAUGCAAUCUUAUAUUUGUAUGUAUCUUCGUAAUGUUCUAUGGUAUAUAUAAGCCUUCUUGUUUUCUGUUUUCUGCUAAGUUGUACCUUAAUUAGAAGUUAGUAUAUGUUUCAUAAAGAAGAACCUUUAUAAUUUUGUUUGUCAUAUAGUAUUUUGGAAUUUGUAUAAUGAGGAUGUUUAGGGGCCAUAUGAAUGGCUUUUUUUUAACAGAUAGAAUUUGUAUUUUUAUUGUACUUUAAAAGCUUUAUGUAAUAGGUAUAUAUUUAGUGGCCAUUUAUUAUCAAUGGUAACACAAUAGAGUACUAAGAUGGUAUUUGCACACUUAAGAUAUGUUACUUUACCAAUUUUUAAUGGUAAUCAAUUCUGCUACUGGCAUGACUAAAUAGUACAUAAUUGGUCAUUAAUUAUGAACAUUUAUUUCACCAGUGCAUUUUUAUGAAGAUCCCAGUUGAAAAUUGUAUUUCUAUGUAAACUCAAUAUGUUUGAUUUUGCUGAGAAUAAAUGAUUUUAAAUAAAUAAUUGUAUAUUUACUCAUUAA